ACGUUUGGCCGAAAAGCAUGGCGGACGACAGUGAGAGAAGCGUGAAUCCAAACACAGCUGAUCCGGACCAGGGUUCGAGCAGCGAGGAUGAGAAUAGUAACGGGGACGGAGACGGGACCGAACUGACCGCGAAGUCGUUCAAAGAUCUGGGGGUGACUGAGGUGCUGUGUGAGGCGUGUGAUCAGCUGGGAUGGAAAGCUCCAACAAAGAUCCAGAUAGAAGCCAUACCAGUGGCUCUACAAGGUAAAGACGUGAUCGGCCUAGCAGAGACUGGUUCCGGUAAGACUGGAGCGUUUGCCCUGCCGAUUCUGCAGAGCCUGCUAAACACUCCACAGAGGCUGCACACGCUCGUCCUCACCCCCACCAGGGAGCUUGCCUUCCAGAUUUCUGAGCAGUUUGAGGCCCUGGGCUCCAGCAUCGGGGUCAAAUGUGCUGUCAUUGUUGGGGGAAUUGACAUGAUGUCCCAGUCUUUAGUGUUGGCCAAAAAACCUCACAUUGUUAUAGCAACUCCUGGACGAUUGAUAGACCAUUUGGAAAACACAAAAGGCUUUUCGUUACGAGCGGUUAAAUUCCUGGUCAUGGAUGAAGCAGACAGGAUUCUCAACAUGGACUUUGAGUCUGAGGUGGAUAAAAUCUUAAAAGUUAUUCCCAGAGACAGACGCACGUUUUUGUUUUCGGCAACAAUGACAAAAAAGGUUCAGAAACUCCAGAGGGCAGCACUCAAAGAUCCAGUGAAGUGUGCUGUGUCCACCAAAUAUUCCACAGUAGACAAACUGCAGCAGUACUACAUCUUUAUUCCAGCCAAGUACAAGGACUGCUAUUUGGUCUCCAUUCUAAACGAUUUGGCCGGGAACUCCUUCAUUAUUUUCUGUAGCACAUGUAACACUGCGCAGCGGGUGGCGCUGUUGUUAAGGAAUCUGGGUAUCACCGCUAUUCCACUGCAUGGACAGAUGACUCAGAACAAACGUUUGGGGGCUCUGAAUAAGUUCAAGUCGAAGUCUCGCUCUGUGCUGUUGGCGACAGACGUGGCAUCUCGAGGCCUGGACAUUCCUCACGUAGACUGUGUCAUUAACUACGACAUCCCCACACACUCAAAGGACUAUAUUCACAGAGUGGGCAGAACAGCCAGAGCGGGACGGGCUGGGAAAUCCAUCACUUUUGUUACACAAUAUGAUGUGGAGUUGUUCCAGAGGAUAGAGUCUCUGAUUGGAAAGAAGCUGCCUGCCUUCCCCACACAGGAGGAGGAGGUCAUGAUGCUGGUGGAGAGGGUCAGUGAGGCCCAGAGGUUUGCCAGACUGGAAAUGAAAGAACAAGGCGAGAAGCGCAAGCGACCAAGAGGGGGUGACGGAGAUGAUGACGACACUGAGCAGGCCAGUGGUGUGAGAAAGAAAGUUAAAGGUGGUCCUGGAGGAGGAGGCAAGAAGAGGGGGGGUGCAGCCUGGAGAGGAGGCCGCUAACCCCAAACCUACACAAAACAGUUAUCAGCCACAACCAAGGACUUUCUGCUAUCUUACACUGCAGAAAUGUAAUCUACAGGAGGUAAAAUGAAUUUAGAAUAUUCCAUUCAAGGCAGGGUGACACUGGCUAUGUUUACAUGCACAUCAAAAAUCAGAUUUCUGGAGUUAUCAGCUUUUCGAUUGCUGUCAAAAGUAUUCAAAAUCAGAUACUAAUCAAUACUAAAACUGGUAUAGAAACUAGAUACUCAUUUGAGCAUUUUAUAUUUAAAAAAAGUCACAUUCUAUCUAAUAUUGUGACACCCUGAUGUGAGUGAUCUGAUUUCUUUCUGACUGUUCACCACUGCACAGGUUUUGAUGAACAGAAAAGGACUAAUUAAUGUGAAGACAAAAUGUGAAAAGUUAAAAGAUUGAGUUAUUUUAAAAUGCAUUCUCUUAUCAGAUGUUAUGAUAAUCAGAUUUCUUUUGUGCAUGUAAACGCAGAAAAAAUUUGAUCUAAAUAUUGAGGUAUUUGAUAUUAUUAUUCUAGUUACAUGAUUUUCAUUGGCCACAUAAAUGUACCCACUGGCUCAGGUGUUAAAAUGGUCAGUUUUCUUGCUUGAAGGUUUGCUGUUUAAUACCCACUGAACUGUUGUACCCAUCCGCAAGACAUUUUCACGAUUGCCUGAAAGCAGGAUCCUGUCAUUAGUCAAGGUUGGAGUGGUGCACAUUUUCAGGUUUUAGCUUGGACAAUUAUGGUUGACAAGUAAUCAUUGUAAAGUGAGUUGAGUACUGAAAACAUUUCAACCAGUGUAGAUUUUGUGCAGGUUUUGAUAACGAGAUUCUACCAUUGCUUUCUGCCCUAGUAAAGCAAACAUCUUUUGUAUUACAGUAUCCUUGUAAAACUAUUCUUUGUUUUCUAGAAUUGUGAAUGACUAUAUGCAAUGUAUGUGUAAUAAUAAAUGUUAUACUUAAGGC